AGCUGACGAAUUUUGCACUUUUCACUUUAAGCUAGAGCCCACCAACAUUAUCUUCUUCAAAAAAAUACUUUAUAUAUACUAACACACUGCCUUCAUCCAUUCUCACAUCAUUCUUUAUCUCUUCACAAAACCAAAAACAAUACAACAUGGCUUUGACACUCCGUUCUUCGACUUCUUUUAUCAAUUUAAAAGAUACCAGAAGUUCCAAAACUCUUGAUGACUUCUUCUCCGGCAUGGUUUGUUUUGCACAAAUCAGGCCAUCAUGCCGUCUCCGAGCAAAGAGUUCAAUGCAAGAAGCUCAACUCUUACGUGAACGAAGCCUGAACUUGGAAGAUAACAGAAAUGACAAGUGGGAGAAGCUUCACAUGCUAUCGGAUACUCAUGGAAAAAAUGAUUCCAGGGUACCGGUGUUUGUGAUGCUGCCACUCGACACCAUAUCAUUUGGGGGAAACUUGAACAAGCCACGAGCAAUGAAUGCCAGUUUGAUGGCCUUGAAAAGCGCAGGAGUUGAAGGGGUCAUGGUUGAUGCUUGGUGGGGAUUGGUAGAAAAAGAUGGGCCUUUGAAGUAUAACUGGGAAGGGUAUGCUGAGCUUGUAAACAUGGUACAAAAGCAUGGCUUGAAGCUCCAAGUUGUUAUGUCCUUUCAUCAGUGUGGUGGAAAUGUUGGAGACUGUUGCAGUAUUCCUCUACCCCCAUGGGUGCUUGAAGAAAUCAGCAAAAAUCCAGACCUUGUGUAUACAGACAGAUCAGGCCGGAGAAAUCCUGAAUAUAUCUCCUUGGGCUGUGAUUCAUUACCAGUGCUUAUGGGAAGAACGCCCAUUCAGGUCUACUCUGAUUACAUGAGAAGCUUCAGUGAGAGAUUCAAGGAUUACCUAGGAGAGGUUAUUGUGGAAAUUCAAGUUGGGAUGGGCCCUUGUGGAGAGCUCAGAUAUCCAUCCUAUCCAGAAAGCAAUGGAACUUGGAGGUUUCCUGGCAUUGGAGAAUUUCAGUGCUAUGACAAGUACAUGAGGGCUUCACUGCAAGCAUCUGCAGAGGCAAUUGGGAAGAAAGACUGGGGAACAAAUGGGCCUCAUGAUUCCGGCCAUUACAACCAAUUCCCAGAAGAUACCGCAUUCUUCCACAGGGAUGGAACUUGGAACAAUGAGUAUGGACAAUUUUUCCUAGAAUGGUAUUCUGGGAUGCUUCUAGAACACGGCGACAGAAUCCUAGCAGCCGCAAAAGGAAUAUUCCAAGGAACCGGAGCAAAAUUAUCUGGAAAAGUAGCUGGGAUUCAUUGGCACUAUAGAACUAGAUCCCAUGCAGCCGAACUAACUGCAGGAUACUAUAAUACUAGGCAUCGCGAUGGUUACCAACCAAUAGCACAGAUGAUGAGUAAACACGGAGUCGUACUGAACUUCACAUGCAUGGAAAUGAGAGACAGGGAACAGCCAGAAAAUGCAAACUGCUCACCAGAAGGGUUAGUUCAGCAAGUAAAGAUGGCAACUAAAACUGCACGAACAGAACUUGCUGGAGAGAACGCAUUGGAGAGGUAUGAUGCAGGUGCAUAUGCACAAGUUUUGGCCACAAGCAGAUCAGAUUCUGGAAAUGGAUUGUGUGCAUUCACGUAUUUAAGAUUGAAUAAGAGCUUGUUCGAAGCGGACAAUUGGAGGCACUUAGUGGAAUUUGUGAAGAACAUGUCGGAAGGCGGUCGGAGCACAAGACUUCCAGAGAGCGACUCAAGCAGAACAAACCUUUACAUUGGAUUCUUAAAAGAGAACAAUGUGAAGAAGACUAAGGAGGCUGCUCUUGUGUAAAGAUAUGUAUGCAUGUUCAUGUAUAAUGAUUAAAAUACAUACUAUACCAGCAGAAGAAGAGAAGGGAUUGAAGAACUCAUAUAUUUAAUUGGACAGACAUAGCUAAGCUUUGGCUAUGGUUCACAACAAAAAUAGAAUAAAAUUGCAUUUCUAUCUUCAGAUCCAGAAAGGAGAAAGCUUUAACAUGCUGCUAUCACUAAAAUCUGCUUAUGAAGUUGAAACGGGCUCACCUUUAUGAGGGUGCUUUGCUGGCCCAAGGAAACUUCAUCCAUAGUGUUUUAAAAAAGAUUUUUAAUGAGUAUUCUUUUUUUUUUUCUUUUUUUUUUUUUGGUGAUGAGUAAUUUUUAAUGAGUUUUGUUCUUGAUUACCAUUUAAUUAAUGCUUUUUGCUAUUUGUAAUAUUUGUCCGAAUAAAGAGUGUUUGCAGA